AUGUAUCUAUAUAAAGGAACAUGUGGGCUCGGAUGUGGAGUUUAGUAGCUCAGAACUUGUGUUGGCUGCCUCGCUCUCCGUAGAAAAAAAAAGACAACAAGCAGCAGCGGGAAUAUAAACUUAUCAAAAGACCAGGACUGCUCGCCUGUGGAAACUGAGGAAAUCCUUUCACAAGCCCCCCCUUACCCCUCCCAAGCCGACAUACACACUGCCUGAAGCUGCCCCCCUCGUAAGCCUUAAAAAAAAGAAAAAAAAAACCCCAGCAAAAUGGGUGAUCUGCCGGAGGACGGCUCGUUUAUGUUCACGUCAGAGUCUGUGGGAGAGGGACAUCCAGACAAAAUCUGCGACCAGAUCAGCGAUGCCGUCCUGGACGCGCACCUCAAGCAGGACCCCGAUGCCAAAGUGGCCUGUGAGACGGUGUGCAAGACGGGCAUGGUGCUGCUCUGUGGCGAGAUCACGUCCCGCGCCAACGUGGACUACCAGAAGGUGGUGAGGGACGCCAUCAAGCACAUCGGCUACGACAACUCCGACAAAGGUUUCGACUACAAGACGUGUAAUGUCCUGGUGGCUCUGGAGCAGCAGAGUCCGGACAUUGCUCAGGGUGUCCAUGUGGACCGCAAGGAGGAGGACAUUGGCGCAGGAGACCAGGGUCUGAUGUUUGGCUAUGCCACGGACGAGACGGAAGAGUGCAUGCCGCUCACCAUCGUCUUAGCCCACAAGCUCAACUCCAAGAUGGCCGAGCUAAGACGCAACGGGAUUAUCCCUUGGCUGCGUCCCGACUCCAAAACCCAGGUGACGGUGCAUUACGACCAGAAAGAUGGCGCCGUGAUCCCCAAGAGAGUCCACACCAUUGUUAUCUCGGUGCAGCACGACGAUUGCAUCUCUCUGGAGGAGCAGAAGAAAGUCCUCAAGGAGAAGGUGAUCAACGCAGUGGUCCCCGCCAAAUACCUGGACGCCAACACCAUUUAUCACCUGCAGCCCAGCGGCCGCUUCGUCAUCGGGGGCCCGCAGGGAGACGCCGGCGUCACAGGCCGCAAGAUCAUCGUGGACACGUACGGGGGCUGGGGAGCUCACGGCGGUGGCGCCUUCUCCGGCAAGGACUUCUCCAAAGUGGACCGCUCGGCCGCCUACGCCGCCCGCUGGGUGGCCAAGUCUCUGGUCAAGGCCAAGCUCUGCAGGAGGGUCUUGGUGCAGGUCUCCUACGCUAUCGGUGUGGCUCACCCUCUGUCCAUCUCGUUGUUCACGUACGGCUCGUCCAACAAAAGCGAAUCGGAGCUGCUGCACAUCGUCAACAAAAACUUUGACCUGAGGCCAGGAGUUAUCGUGAGGGAGCUUCAACUGAAGAGGCCCAUCUACCAGCAGACUGCCACUUACGGCCACUUCGGUCGGCCCGAGUUCAGUUGGGAGGUUCCUAAAAGGCUCGUCCUCUAAGCGCUUCAUCUCCUCACAGCACUACGAGAGGACCUGGACCAACCCAAAACCAACCAAACCAAAAGCUGUAUACACAUGAUGAGCUGCGAAAGGAGGUGUACCGUGAAGGACACCUGAUAGGAACAAAGACAUCCAUCCUAUUGAAUUGUUGCGCGGUGCUUCUUUGUUUUCUUUUUAAUAUACGGUACGUAUAAUCAUAAACACCUCAAUGCUGUGAAAGUACAACAAACCCCACGUGGGAGAUGUUUUGAGAACAACUUUUCAUGUCAUUGCUGCUUCAACCAAAAGCUUCACUUCUCAAUCUUUGUAUGUCAUGUGUGCUGCUGGAAAGCCGGUCACAAGCAUCACGGUGCUCCACCAAACAGGUCAAUAAAACAUCGUUUAUGUCAUCAGAAGCAUGUUACAACCAAACAGAUCAAAACAGACACGCAAGACGUGUACUUUUGUUCACUUUCGGGGACCUCUAUACGCCCACGCCAUUUCUCGAAACCUAAAAAGCCCCCAAAUGGCACAAAUGUUAGUAUUUAAUACCGCCUCAAUUUUUUUUUUUCCGUGCGGCUGCUACUGGUUGCCAAAUGUGUGUUUUUGCCAUGCAAUUCUGAAAACAAAUGAGUCUUAAAAAGCCCCAAAAUGGUACAAAUGCUCAUUAUAUUUAACAAUGCCCUUAAAAAAGAAAAAAACAGCUUUUGUGCAUUUGUAGUGGCAGCCAAGUGCCUUUGUGUCUUGUUCAAUAAUCUCCUCGUUUGCUGCCUUUAUUUGGUUUGCCAUGUAGUCGGAAAAACAAAUAAAAUAUAACUUGACAAAAGUCACACAGAAGCUCAACAUAAUAAUGUCCUAAAAAGUUGCCAAGGGCCUUUCCUUUUAACAUCAUAUAAGGCCCCAAAAUGGUACAAAGGCUCAUAUUAAACCAUGUCCUUUAAAAAAGUGGCACACCCAGUAUCUUUGUUUUUGCCGUGCAAUUCCAACAACAAAUCUUAAAAAUAAUAAUGGCCAUGUUUAAUAAUGCCCUAAAAGUGCCUUUGUUUUUGCCAUCUAUUAAAAAAAUGAAGUAGCCAUAAAAGUGCCCUUGAUCUUCCAACGAAAAGCAAAUCAUAAAAAUGUCUCUUGCCUUCGCUUUUAUCAAGCAAUUGUAAAACAAAUCAAUUGUAAAAAGCCCCCAAAUGAUACAAAUGCUGAUUAUAUUUAAUAAUGUCCUAAAAUAGUUGCCAAGUUAUUUUUUAAAUCAUGCCAUUCUAAAAGUAAUUUAUUGUCAUCGUAGGUUCCUCCGUGCCUGUUUUCAAUCUUGCGAUCCUAAAAAUGAAUCAAUUGUUAUGAAAACAACAAAAAGGCACUCACCCUAUUCAAAAUUGUGCCCAAAUGCUGCAAGUGCCUUUGUUUUUAAGAUGCAAUUCUAAAAAAAAAAACAUUUUCUCCUUUUCCACGAUCUCAUUUAUUUGUCAAAUUUCUUAAACAGGAGAGUCUGUUUGUUUGAUGGGGCAUUAUUCUUCCUUUUUUUUGUUUUUUUUUAAUCAUGUCUUAAUUCUCUAAAAAGUAUUUGACGAAGGGAUGAGUGUCCUAUCUGUUGUCAUCGUUUUGUUGACAAAUAAUAGCUGGACUGUAAAUAAUUAAACCACCAAAAAAAAUAAUUAAAGAUGUCAAUUGUCAA